AUGCGUUUCACCUCCAUCUUCGUUGCCGGCGCUUUCGCCACCAUGGCCGCUGCCCAGAGCAAGACCUCUGGUCUCUCUCCCGCCCAGGAGUCCCAGGCCGAGUGCCUCGACGCCUGCGAGGCUGGUGAUGUCAAGUGCCAGUCUUACUGCAUCACUGUCCCCUCUCCCAACGAGGCUGACAUCGAGAAGACCACCAAGUGUGCCGCCGACUGUGACCAGGGCAGCGGUUCCGCUUCCGACACCGAAAAGUACUCCGCCUGUGUCCAGGAGUGCAUCGCCGACAACUACUGGAAGUCCGUCGAUGGCAGCCCCCGUGCUACCGGCUCUGCUUCUUCCGACGACAAGGUCUCCUCCGCUGUCAAGUCUGCUGUCGAGAAGGCUACCGGCACCGCCUCUGAUGAGGACAGCACCGCCACUGCUUCCGCCGCUGAGUCUGAUGCCACUGAGACUGGUGCCACCAAGACCGCCUCCGACGCCGCUGAGUCUGCUUCCUCUGCUGCCUCCGCUGCUGCUUCCGAGACUGGCAACGCCGCCAACGUCCUCGUCGGUGGCAUGUCCUUCCUCGGUCUCGCCGCUGCUGUCCUUGCUCUCUAA